AUGGCCAAUGUAUCCCUCUUCCUCAUUCAAAUACUCUCAUUCCACCUCAUCCAAUCACUCUAUGCCACGUCACUCCCUCAGAAUCCCAUAACCGUUUCCGUUACCGACUUCGGAGCCGUCGGCGAUGGCGUUAGGUACGACACCGGAGCAAUCCAGGGGGCAAUAAACUCCUGCCCGGAGCAGCGGCGGUGCCAGGUCAAUUUUCCGGCGCCAGGGAGGUACCUGACGGCGACGGUGUUCCUGAAGUCGGGGGUGGUGUUGAACGUGGAGGAGGGCGCGAGGGUGGUGGGAGGGGCGAGGCAGGAGGACUACCCGGAGGAUCCGGCGAAGUGGUACGUGGUGGUGGCGGAGAACGCGACGGAGGUGGGGAUCGGCGGCGGCGGAGUUGUGGAUGGACAGGCGGAGAAAUUUGUGGUUAGGGAAGUUGAGAGGAAGAACGUGAUGGUGAGUUGGAAUCAGACAGGGGCGUGUUUGGGAGAUGAGUGUAGGCCACGAUUAAUCGGUUUCAUCGGUUGUGAUUCUGUUAGUGUCUCCAAUAUUACUCUCUAUCAACCUGCUUACUGGUGCUUACACUUAGUACGGAGCAACAGCAUAUCCAUUCAGGAUAUUUCAAUUUAUGGGGACUUCAACAUACCAAACAACGAUGGCAUAGACAUUGAAGACUCAAACAACACAGUAAUCACACGAUGCCAUAUUGACACGGGGGAUGAUGCAAUCUGUCCAAAGUCCUCCACUGCCCCUGUUUACAACCUUACAGCUACUAAUUGUUGGAUUCGAACCAAAUCUUCUGCUAUUAAACUUGGCAGUGCUAGUUAUUUUGAUUUCAAACAUUUUGUGUUUGACAAUAUCACCAUUGUAGAUUCUCAUAGAGGAUUGGGAUUCCAAAUCCGUGAUGGAGGAAAUGUAAGUGACAUUAUCUUCUCAAACAUAAAUAUCAGCACCAGAUAUCAUGAUCCUUCAUGGUGGGGGAGAGCUGAGCCUAUCUAUGUGACAACUUGUCCAAGAAACUCAACCUCAAAGGAAGGUUCAAUCUCAAAUAUACUGUUCACCAACAUUACUGCAAAUUCAGAAAAUGGUGUCUUCCUAUCUGGUUCAAAAAGAGGACUUUUAAGAAACUUAAGAUUCAUCAAUGUAGAUCUAAUUUAUAAGAGAAUCACCAAUGAUACUGGUGAAUUAUUUGACUACAGACCAGGAUGCCAAGAAUUGGUGAAACACAAGACUGCAGGCAUGAUGAUGGAGCACAUUGAAGGCCUUGAGGUAAAAAAUGUGAAAAUGAAAUGGUCAAAAGAUCAUGUAAAUCAGAGGAAUGAUCCUUUGGAAUUUAGGCCUUCAACUGUGAAUAAUAUCUCUUUCCUUAAUUUUUAUUCUGGCUUGUACACAAGCAGCAAAUAGAGUCAAAAACCCUCUCUUAGCAAAUGGAAUAUAGAGAGGGGCAAUGGUUUUGUGCAACUUUGGAAGAAAA